AUGCCGUCCUCGGGGUUGACUCUUAGAAAGUUGGGAGAGGUAUUGAACCUCUGCACGAAACGCGAUGUAAGAGAUCAUAGGAGAUCCAUGUCUGAUAAUGCCCUCGCGCGUUCCAUGGGCUCGAACCGGCUAGGUCUCGCUGGAGCUCUGACUGGAGCUACUAUCAGUCUUACACUGGCACCGUACAUGCCCCCAUUGUGUGCCCUUGCCGCAGUGAAUAUCUGGCAGGGGUGUGUGACAAUGAUCAACCGCCAUCGUUCCAAAGAAGACAUCCACCAUCGCGUCAAGAAAGAUCCUCGACUCAACGCUCUUUUCAAAAGCGGCCGUCGCAGAGCCCUCUUCAUCGGUGUGUGUCUCAAGGUCUUCACGGCGGGGCUGGGUAUGGGCCUAGACGAUUUAGGCGCCGUGACGACUGCAUUUGUAACACAUGAAGGUGUGGUUCCGGAUAGCCAGCUGCCCUCAACAAUCGUGGAACACUUCAAAGAAGGCCACCCCCGCAUCGCCACCGCCGACAGUAUCAUUCACAAAGCCAACUCCGGAGCCUCAGACUGGGUGAGGGAUAAGCUGAGCGGUGCACUUCUCACGCCGAACACCGUAAUUGAAUCGGAGACGACCAAAGAGGCACUGGCGGUAAUGCAUUCGAAGGGCAAUUCGACAGCGCAUAUGGUAGCUACGGGAACUGUCUCGGGCAUUGUUGCGGAAGUGGUGCAGCCGGUUAUGCUGACGAUCGAGCGUGGCGUGGAUGUCUAUCGGAACCACCGCUUUGACCACAAGGUCCGCUAUAGACCAUCACGAGCAAGAAGGGUGUGGGAGUUCCUACGUAGCCUGUGA